AUGGUGACCCUCCGCGCGCCGUCUUCGCUCCCCGCAACCGAAGCCUCCGCUUCAAUCUCACCGCCCCAGUUGUCGUGGCUGUCAGGCUCGUGGAAUGUGACGCACUCCACACUACCCAUGUGGAAGAAGAACCGCAACGUCCGCAUCACAUACACGCCUGUUGCAUCCACCACACCGCCGCAGAUUGAUGAUGUGGUCACAUACCAGGGUCUGAAUUCGGAUGCGCUCAAGACGGUGCAUGGCGUCGAUAAGCCCUUUGAUGUGCCCAACACCGCACCGCCAGCUGUUGCAGAGGGAGGAGCAGGCGACGUCGCCAGUCUGGGAUACAACUGGCGUGGCAAGGGAUGGCUGGUGAUUGCGACAAGCAAAUGGGAGAUACUAGGUUAUGGCGACGAACAAGGCACCGGCAACAGCUGGGUCGUUACCUACUUUGCCAAGACUCUAUUUACACCUGCAGGUAUAGACUUCUACUCGCGCAAGGGCAGCCUGGCGCCCCAAACAAUCAACGACAUCAAGGCCGCGCUCGCUGGGCUUGGCGGUGAUGUUGCCAAAUUGGCAGGACAGAUAUUCGAGGUUAAAAUGGAUGCUGACACGAGUGGCUGA